AUGUCCGCUCAGUCAGAGAAUCAGCACAUGGAGGGCGUCCAGGACCCCGCCACCGACAACAAGGGAAAGGGCAAGGCACCCGAGGCCGAGGAGUCUAUGGAUGACGACUCCAGCGAUGAGUCCGGUGUCGAAGAUCAGGCUGGCGAAGUCGAGGAGCCAGACGAGGACAACAUGGAGGAGAUUGAGACGGCCAACAUCAUCGGAAGUCGCACGCGCGGCAAGAACAUUGACUUCGCCAAGGCUAACCAGGAGCUCGGCGAAGACGAGGACGAGGAUGACGAUGAGGAUUUCGUGGAUCCUGAUGAUGAGAUGAAGGAUUAG